AUGUUUAUUGGUAAAGCGAUUUAUCUUUACGAAGAAAAUUCUAAUCAUUCAUUCAAUUUCUUCUCUAGCAUGAGAAAUACAUUGCUAUUAUCAUUAUUAUUGAUAUUAUUUCUUUUUCAAAUAAAUCAUUCGUUCGCAUCAAGCCUAUUCUAUAUUCGAGAUAGACCAAUACACGACGAUGGUAACCAAUUAGGUCGGAUUGAUAAUUAUUCCGAAUUGAAUGCGCAAAUUGAACCUUCGUAUGAUCUUAUGGAAUCCGAUCAUCGAUAUCUAAUACCCCGUUUAAGCUGGUCGAAACGCGAUUCACCUACCUCGAAGAGAGUCAAAAAAGCGUUCUUAUGUUUUUUUAAUACAGUCACUUGUUUUGGUUAA